UGGUCACACUGUCUGUGUUUAGGUUGAUUAUUUUCCUUAUUUUGCGUGUAAAAAUGUUGUGUUGUGAAAAGCGCAAUUCUCUCGCAAUGCCAAUUUAGUUUGCCCUGCCAGCUAGUGGCCAAUGUGCAAGCCAAUAAUGUUAACAGAUUGAUGGCAUUGCAGCAACUGCAUGGCAGCGUCUGUCUAGCCAAACAGCAGCCCAGCAGCAAAGUGUGUGUGGCGAGUGAGUGAACGAGCGUGCGAGCGAGAGGAGUGGAGCGGAGCGGAGAGAACCGAAGCGCAGUGCGUUUUGUGUGUGUAUAUAAUGGACAAGUUAAAAAACAACAACAAAGAACAUGCAGUUAUUGCAUCAAUUGAAUGCUCCUAUACCAACGCUGGUGACGCCGAUGUCGAUGUGGAGAGCAAUAAGAGCACGCCCACACCAUAUUUUACGCCCCUGGAGUUCUUACAGACCUCCUUUGAGUUCCCAUCGCCAACAACAGCAACAGCAGCAGCAGCAACAACUGCUGCAUCAGCAGAGCGAGGCAACGACGAGGACACACUGUAUACACCCAAACAAUUUACAAUUGCUAAUCCAAAGCAGCAGCAGCAGCAGCCGUCACAGUUGCCGCAAUCGCCGACGACGCUGAAUCGUAAAUUCAAGCGAUUUUCAUUAUACGAUCGACGUUCGUGCUCACCGCAGGACGGACGCAUAUUUGCCAACAAGGAGAAUACCCAACCGAAAAAGUGCAGUGCCGAUAACGAUCACGAUAGUCUGUAUUUAUCGAAAAGCGAACACAAUUCACCCACAAUACUUUACAGGGGCGAUGACGGCUCAACGACAACGCAGCAGCAGUCGACGACGACGACACCCAAUCUCCUCCAUAACGAUGCCAACCGCCAUAGCUACUCACCAAAACUGCUCGCCUCCAUAAAUAAUCUCAAUUUGAAUAACUCACUGUCCGGCUCACCGUUUAACCUUAUCAAUUCGGCGGGCUACAAAAAUGGAAAUUUCUUUCGCUUUCCCGAAAUCGAUCAUGUCGUACAGGAUAUUGUGCAGUUGCAGCCCACAGUUGCAGCUGUGCCCGCCGCGGAGACAGACAAUCAGCAACAGCAGCAAGCAGUUCCACAACACCACCACCACCACCACCAGCAGCAACAGCAACAAGAGACAGGACGCCGUAACCGCAAGAAUAAGAAUAAUCUCACCAUACGCAUCACAGAUGUACAGUUGGCCAGCAGAAGCAAUUCGAGUAGCAGCGGACAGCAGCCGCUGUCGCCGACAUCGCUGGCCAAGCCAAAAACGCCCACCAUUAAGAGCACGAAGGAGAAGGCGCGCUCCUUGGACUCCGCUGCCAACGAAACGGAGUUAUCCAUAGUGGUGCAUCACAUAAGCGAAUCUCAUGAUAUGUCCGCACCGGGCAGCAGCACUUGCCAUGUCGCGCAGAGCAAUAUGCUGAUGCAGCCCACUGCCUCCAGCCUGUAUUCAACAUCCCUUUCCCGUCUGGACACACCGCAGUCGAUGCACAGUCGCCGCACAUCGCGUCGUAAGUCUCCUGGAUUGAGCAACAGCGAUUGGCUCAUGUAUCAUCGCAAACAGAAUCCAUAUCAGAGCUCCCUGGAGGCGGAUGAACUGAAGUCGGCGUCCAGUGUGGACAGUAACAGUGGCAAAUUUACGCUGGGUGCCAAUUUGGCACCGCGCAGUGCCCACAAACUGAAUCCGUUGCUGCACUCGUCCAGCACCAAUUUGAAAACGCUGCCCGAGUUCCUCACCCUGGUAGAGUUUUCGCCGAGCGCUGCGCCCGUCGAGUCGCCAUUCAAACAAAAGUCCAUGGAUUUACCGGGCGGUCACAUGCAGACCAAGAGCAUGACGGGUGGCUCGAUGAAUCUGCUGCAGCGGCGUGGCUCCAAUCACAGCCUCACUCUGAAUCUGCACAGCUCGUGCGGCAAUCUGAUGAACAGUGGCUUGAGUGUCUCCAAUUACAAUCUUGGCUCCGUGAGCAACUCGAAGUCGACGUGCAAUCUUGAGCAGCAGCAGUUGCAGCAGACGCAACACACGCAGCAACAGCAACAGCCGCACAAUCAAUUAACCGUCGCUGCGGGCAGCGCGCAGUGCAUGCGUCAGGGCUUGUUCCGGCGGCGUGGCUCUAAUCACAGCAUAACCCUCAAAAGUCACACGACCAACUCUUGCGGUGAACUGAACUCCGUGGCCAAUCAGACGCCCAAGCGCGGUCUGCUCGAGCGACGCGGCAGCAACCAAAGUCUCACGCUCAACAUGGGCGGUCAGCUGGGCAUAGUGGGCAGCGGCAGCGUCGGCGUCGGAGCAACACAGGAGCAGCAUUCGCUUGCGCAGCUAGAUCAUCCAAAGCUAACCGUCUGCAAUUGUGGCGCUGCGAACGCUGGCCAGGCGACGCAUCAGCGCAAGUUCUUUAGCACUGAGAAUCUGAACAGUAAUCGUGGCGGCACUAGCUCGCAGUACUUGGAUUUCAGCAGCAAGCAGCCGCUGUGCUUUGGCUCCGCCUCCGAUCUGCAGCCCAGCGAUCAGUCGAAGAGUAAAUCGCCAGCAGGCAGCACUGAACCGGGCGUCGUCUGCAGCUGUUCAACGGGUGGCGGUGGCGUCGUUGGAGCCGGGAUACGCAACAUUAUGACCCGUCCACUGUCACCGCAGACGACCAGCGAGGAGUUCAAAAUCUAUUUGGCCAGCAUACAGAUGUUGCAGAGUGCCUCGAAUCCCCUCAAUCAAUACGAUCUGAUCAAGCUGAAUCAUGUAUUCGAUCACAGUUACAAAGUGAAUCUGGGACAGCCGCCAGUGCUGGUGUUGGGACGUGAGGGUGGCACACCCACAAAUCAGCUGCCACCCACAUCAGAGGAUAGCGAAUUGUUGGCGAUGUAUCAGGCGGUGGUAAAGCGCAUUGUGACGCCACUGCCCCAACUGGAUGAUGAUGAACAGAAGCGCAUUUUUCGGGAUCUGCACAAGGAAUUCUGGGAUCUGCCACUCAAUCAUCAGGAGAAGCCCAUGGUCUUUGGUUCGCAGACAAAGAAUCGCUACAAAACGAUUCUACCCAACGAACACUCGCGUGUGCUCCUCGAGAGCGAGGCGACCGAACUGUUCAAUCUCCAGCAGCAACAUCAGCAGAGUAACCUGCUACAGCCACAGACGACCACAAACGAGGAGCUAAUGAGCAAAACGACGCUACUGGCCAAUGAGGAUUUGCCCUACAUUAAUGCCAAUUACAUCAAGGGCCCGGACUAUGUGUCCAAGUGUUAUGUGGCUUCGCAGGGUCCGCUGCCCAACACCAUAUUCGAAUUUUGGCUAAUGAUCCAUCAGAAUACACAGCGUUAUAUACGCCGCUGCAUGGACGGUGGCAGCAGUCCCCACGUGGAUAAGUCGCACAUUUUGCAGCAGUACUAUCAGAAAAUCAUAAUGCUUACCAAUUUCACGGAGUGCAACCGGCAAAAGUGCACCAUCUAUUUUCCCAUCGAGCUAAACGAGAUCUUUGCGGUGGCUGCCAAAGGAGAAGUGUUCGAGCUGGACGCCAUGGCACGCGACUUCUUUGAGCCGCAUCUGUUGGCACCAUUGCCGCCGGUGGAGGGCGCCGAGAGUGCCUCAAAUGAGUUGCAGCCGGAACCGGACCGAGAUCAACAGAAUAGUCGCUGGCACAUUGGCAUUGAUUCGGUGAAGGUGACGCUGAGCGAGACAUUGCGACGCACCCUGCCCUCGGAUGGCAGCUUCUUUUUGGCCAAAAAUGUGGGCAUUGUGCGACGGAAUGGUUACUCUGUGCGCAAACUGGUGCUGCUGUAUUGCAUUAAUGUGCCGGAGAGCGAAGGCCGAUUGGAGUAUUAUUUGCAAAAGAUCUGCUGCUAUCACUACUGGUAUCCCGAUUGGCCGGAUCAUCAUUCGCCGCGCGACAUCAACACGCUGCUGGACAUCUGUUUGCAUGUACUCAAUCUGGGUAAAUGCGAAUCGGAGUUUGAUAAUUACGAUGAGAAGCGGAGCACGCUAAAUGCGCAUCUAACUGCACAGCGCUUGGACAUUUACAAGCAGGACAUCUUCAAUGCGGUGCAACCGCUGCCAGUUAUACACUGCUCGGCGGGCAUUGGACGAACCGGUUGCUUCACAGCCAUACUGAAUGCUGUGCGCCAGCUGCGGCAAUCUCUGGCAUACUCGCUGACGGGCAUGUUGAGCAGAACGCUGACCAUGACCGACAUGGGGGAGGCGAUACAGAAUUCGACCAGUGAUGCGGAUGAUGAGAGUAGCUUUAGUUGCAAUACCAUUCUGCACAUACAGCACAUUGUGGAGCAGCCGGAUGCGGUUAGCUUUGAUCAGCUUCCAAAGAUGCCAGACAUCUUUGUCGAUAUACUGGGCAUUGUGUGCAAUCUCCGGCUGCAACGCGGCGGCAUGGUUCAAAAUUCCGAACAAUAUGAGCUAAUCCAUCGUGCGAUUUGUCUAUAUUUGAAGCGCACUUUGGCGCUGCGACGUUUUUAGAUUAUAGUUUAAACAAAUGAUGACAAUUUUGGAUCUAAAUGAUGAUUGACAUCUAGUUGUAGACAAUGAUGAUGAUGACGAUGAUGAUGAUGAAGAAGAAGAAGAACAAAACACCAAUUUACUAUUUGUAAAAGAAUUUUUGUGACCCUUAUUUUUAAAAUGCAACCAAGAAUGAAAAAGAAAACCCAAAAAAAAAAAACAUAACAAGAAAACAAAUAAACAAAGAAACAAAUGCGAAUAACCAUGGCUAAAUGAGUCUCGAACAUAUAUACUUAUAUAAAUAAUAAUAGUUAUAUGGCGUAUUGAGUAGAGGAGAUAUGUUUCUCAAUGUUUGCUAUAUAUAAAUACUUAUUACCUAUUA